CUUGAUGCUUCCGGCAGUGAAAGACCCGGCCAAUGCCUGUCUGGAACGAGCUGCGGCCAAGCUAAUCGAGGAUCGAGUAACAAUUUUUAGCAUUUAUGAGUCAAGGAACAAAGGGCAACCUAAGCCACUAAGAUGUGUCAAUUAUCUGCGCGGAGUUAGAAUGUCCCGAUAAAACUGGUAGAAAAUUUAGGUGGUGCCUUCAAGUUGAUUUCCUCGAAAUUCUGAACCAAUCAUUAUGGCUGAUCCUAGAGAAGCUUUAGAUAAAUCUGUCCAAGAACAGGGCAACAAGAUUCGUCAAUUGAAGACUGAAAAGGCAGAAAAAUCUGUCAUUGAUGCUGAAGUUGCCAUCCUCAAAGAUUUGAAAGCCCAGCUUGCUGCCAUGGACGGCACACCAGCCGCUGCAGACGCCUCCAAGAAAUCCAAGGAGAAGGUUGCUAAGAACUCUUUCACCCUCAAGGUUGCCAAGGGUACCAAAGAUUAUAACGACAAGGAGAUGGCUAUCCGAGAAAAAGUGUUCUCCACCAUCACUACAGUUUUCAAGAAACACGGCGCUGUUACCAUCGACACUCCUGUUUUUGAACUGAAGGAAGUUCUCACCGGAAAGUAUGGCGAAGACAGCAAGUUGAUCUACGAUCUGAAAGACCAGGGUGGCGAAGAAUGCUCCCUUCGUUAUGAUUUGACCGUUCCUUUUGCUCGCUUCUUGGCUAUGAACGGCAAGGAAUACCAAAAUUUCAAGCGAUACCACAUUGCCAAGGUCUAUCGACGCGAUCAGCCUGCUAUGACCAAAGGAAGAAUGCGCGAAUUCUAUCAAUGCGAUUUUGACAUUGCUGGUGUCUACGACCCUAUGAUUCCCGAUGCCGAAAUUCUUCGUAUUGUUGUUGAGGCUUUAACCGCUCUCGAUGUCGGUGAAUUCACUGUUAAGUUGAACCACAGAAAGAUCCUUGAUGGUAUCUUCGAAGUCUGCGGAGUUCCAGCUGAAAAGAUCAGACCCAUCUCAUCUGCUGUCGACAAGCUUGACAAGCUCCCUUGGGAGGAUGUCCGUAAGGAAAUGGUUCAAGACAAGGGUCUUGCUCCCGAAUCCGCUGACCAGAUUGGUGAAUUCGUGAAGCUGAAGGGUGGAAAGGAUCUCUUGGAUAUUCUUUACAAGAACGAAAAGCUUACUGCAAAUGCUAGUGCCUUGAAGGGUCUCGACGAUAUGAAGCUUCUGUACAGCUACCUGGAAGCUUUCCAGGUCGAUCAUAGAAUGUCUUUUGACUUGAGUUUGGCAAGAGGCUUAGAUUACUACACUGGUAUUAUCUAUGAAGCAGUUACUGACAAGUCAGCUCCACCAAAACUCGCAGAAGGCCAACGGCCCUCCAUUAAGAAGGGAGGCGAUGAAGUUGACGAAUCUACUGUCGGUGUUGGAUCCAUUGCUGCUGGUGGAAGAUAUGAUGAGCUUGUCGGUAUGUUCUCAGGUACCAACAAGAAGGGAGAGCCAAACUUGAAGAUUCCAUGCGUCGGUAUCUCCAUUGGUGUUGAACGAGUGUUCUCCAUUCUUCUUGCGAAGCAAAAGUUGGAAGAUAUCAAGAGUAAUGAGGUUCAGGUCUUGGUUGCCUCCAUGUCUGGUCUCCUCCCUGAACGUAUGCAAAUUGCAAGAGAGCUUUGGGACGCCGAUGUCAAGGCAUCAUACAUGUUUAAGGUCAAGCCUAAGCUUCUCAAGCAAUUCGAAAUGUGCGACAAGGAUCAAAUACCCCUUUGUGUCAUCAUCGGUGAGGAUGAGCUUGCUAAAGGUGAAGUCAAGAUCAAGGAUAUGAGGUCCAAGGAUCCAUCACAAUCUGGUGGCGCAACUGUCAAGCGAUCCGAAAUGAUUGAAUAUAUUAAGGAGUACUUGGCACGACAGUAGAUAAUGAAAUUGAAAUUAGAGCAUUAUCCAAAUCUAAGCGUCCACGGUGACAUUUGGUUUUCAAAUUUUCACAAUAUAAUCAAUAAAAGAACACAAAUAAAGAAAAAUAUAUUCAU